CUGCGAUCGAGGCGCCCCCUUUGAUACUAGUCAGAGAAGUGAUCAUUGCUCAAAAAUACCAAGUCAAAGCGAUAUAACGAAGCCUUUGAGGGCAUCAUUUACAGAUUUUCUGUAAACAUAUAAUGCCAAUAUGUUUCCUAUAGCACCAGGUAUCACCAGUAUACUACACAACCAACAGCUUAACGGUGGACAGACCCCGUUUUCAGCCUUUCCUCCCAUGCAGGAAGGCCAACCGUCCAUUCCAUUUUCAACAUUUCCAACGGAAGGUCAAUCUUCAGGACUUCCAUUCACUUCCUUCCCAACAGAUGGCCAAACUUCGAUUCCGUUUUCGGCAUUCCCACCAGUUCAGCCACCUGAGGGAGGAUUUGCCUUUCCACCACCUCAGCCCCCUCCUGGACCCCCAGCAGGUGGACCCCCAGGACCUCCCGGUCCCCCAAGGCCAGCUGAUUUUAUAUGUCCGCCCCGUCCUAACUAUGGAACGGAGGGUAAACCUAUCAUGCUGCAUGCCAAUCACUUCCAAGUGCGUAUUCCAAAGGGAGUAAUACACCACUACGAUAUUUCCAUUGUGCCUGAUAAAUGUCCAAGGAGGGUCAAUAGAGAAAUAAUUGAAACAAUGGUCACUGCAUAUAGUCAGAAAAUCUUCUCAGGAAUGAAACCGGUGUUUGAUGGACGCAAAAAUCUGUACAGCCGAGAUCCUCUUCCGAUUGGUCGAGACAAGGUGGAGCUCGAGGUUACACUCCCGGGGGAGGGAAAAGACAGAGUUUUCAAUAUCACAAUGAAAUGGAUGCAGCAGAUCAGUUUGUUUGGCCUGGAGGAGGCUCUACAAGGCCACACCCGGGAAAUUCCGCAGGACGCAAUCACGGCCGUUGAUAUUAUCAUGCGUCACUUGCCUAGUAUGACGUACACCCCUGUGGGACGUUCCUUCUUCUCUCCGCCAGAGGGGUAUGACCACCCCCUGGGUGGUGGUAGGGAGGUGUGGUUUGGGUUCCACCAGAGCGUCAGACCCUCCCACUGGAAAAUGAUGCUGAACAUUGAUGUAUCUGCCACUGCCUUUUACAAAGCCCAGCCUGUGAUAGAAUUCAUGUGUGAAGUGUUGGAUAUCAAAGACGUCAACGAACAGAAACGUCCCCUCACAGACUCUCAGAGAGUCAAAUUUACAAAGGAAAUCAGGGGUCUUAAAGUUGAAAUAACUCACUGUGGAACCAUGAGGCGUAAAUAUCGUGUGUGUAACGUAACCAGACGGCCAGCCCAGACACAGUCGUUCCCUCUACAGCUGGACUCGGGACAGACUGUGGAAUGUACAGUAGCCAGAUAUUUCCUGGAGAGAUACAAAAUGAAACUUCAAUACCCUCAUUUGCCUUGUCUACAAGUGGGCCAGGAGCAGAAACACACUUAUCUCCCCUUGGAGGUGUGUAAUGUGGUGGGAGGACAGAGAUGCAUUAAGAAGUUGACAGAUAUGCAGACAUCCACCAUGAUCAAGGCAACGGCCAGAUCUGCCCCCGACAGAGAGAGGGAAAUCAACAAUCUCGUUCGGAAAGCCAACUUCAAUGCUGACCCAUUUCUACAAACGUUUGGAAUUAACAUCAACCCAAUGAUGUGUGACGUUCAAGGGCGUGUGCUUCAUCCUCCCAAAAUCCUCUACGGAGGACGGACAUUUCAGACCAAGGCCCAGGCAGUGCCCAACCAGGGGGUAUGGGACAUGAGAGGGAAGCAGUUCUACUCGGGAACAGAAAUCCGCGUCUGGGCUAUUGCUUGUUUCGCACCACAACGAACUGUCAGAGAAGAUGCAUUAAGGAACUUUACCCAGCAGUUACAGAGGAUCUCUAAUGACGCUGGCAUGCCAAUCCUGGGCCAGCCUUGCUUCUGUAAAUAUGCCACAGGACCUGACCAGGUGGAGCCAAUGUUCAGAUAUCUCAAAAACACAUACCAGGGCCUCCAGCUGAUUGUGGUGGUCCUGCCGGGGAAGACCCCUGUGUAUGCUGAGGUGAAGCGGGUUGGUGAUAUUUUAUUUGGAUUAGCCACACAAUGUGUUCAGGCCAAAAAUGUGAACAAAACUACUCCACAAACCCUGUCCAACCUCUGCCUAAAAAUCAAUGUCAAACUUGGUGGAAUCAACAACAUCCUGCUGCCCAGUAUACGUCCGGCCAUCUUUAGAGAACCUGUCAUUUUCCUCGGGGCCGACGUGACCCACCCUCCAGCAGGAGAUGCCAGUAAACCCUCCAUAGCUGCAGUGGUCGGCAGCAUGGAUGCCCAUCCCAGUAGAUACUCCUCCACAGUCCGAGUUCAGCAGCACCGACAAGAGAUCAUACAAGAGUUGUCUUCCAUGGUGAGAGAACUCCUGAUCCACUUCUACAAGGCCACCCGCUUCAAACCCACACGUAUCAUCUUCUACAGAGACGGAGUCAGUGAGGGACAAUUCCAGCAGGUCUUGCAGCAUGAGCUUCGAGCUCUACGAGAAGCUUGUAUGAAGCUGGAGUUAGGAUAUCAGCCAGGAAUCACAUUCAUCGUCGUACAGAAGCGCCAUCACACACGGUUGUUCUGUGCAGAUCGCAAGGACCAGAUUGGUCGUAGUGGCAAUAUCCCAGCAGGUACUACGGUAGAUGUGGGAAUCACUCAUCCAACAGAAUUUGACUUCUACCUAUGUAGUCAUGCUGGAAUACAGGGUACAAGUCGCCCUUCCCAUUACCAUGUAUUGUGGGACGACAACAGAUUUAAUGCUGAUGAGCUUCAGACCCUGACUUACCAGCUGUGUCACACGUACGUGCGCUGUACCCGCAGUGUCUCCAUACCAGCCCCAGCUUAUUAUGCACAUCUUGUCGCAUUUCGUGCACGUUAUCACUUGGUGGAAAAAGAACAUGACAGCGGAGAAGGAAGUCGACACUCUGACAACAGUGAGGAUAGAACGCCCACAGCCAUGGCCCGGGCCGUCACCGUUCACCCAGACACAACAAAGGUUAUGUACUUCGCCUAAUCUGGGAGAUGAAUCAACCCAAUACCAUGACCUUGACCUGAACAUUGACUUGUGUCCAGGAAGAGGGAGACAAUUUGUGUAACCUUCCCUAAGGGAGGAAGACUUCCCAGAUUUUUUGGAGGAAGUUUAAUAUUUAGGGCAGGUAGUGAUUGGACUGGAUUUUUGUUAGGAUGACUAUGGGGUAUUAACUGUAUUUAUUUUAUAGAAUUGUGCUUUUAUUUUUUGUUUUUACAAGAAACCAUUCUGACUUGGUAGAGCAUACAUUCCACUGUUUCUAUGAUUUUUUUUAAAAAUGAUGCAUCUUUGACAUGAUAUUGCAGCUUUUUGUUGCCAGCAAAGAUGCAUGUGGUGCUUAAAGGCUCAAAAUAGUUAUUUCUGCCAUAAUUGAGGAACUCUCAGUCAGACAAACUGUGUUGACGAAAGAUGCCAUUUCAUACAAAGCAUAUCUACAUUUUAGUCAUUCCAUGUAUUUUGGGUGUAAUCCCAUUUUGGCACAAUACUCCCCCUCCACAUUAGCUUAGCAUAUCAUUUGUUGUAAUAGCUCAGUGUUUAUUUAUGUUUUAACUUGCCAUAGUUUAUUUUAUAGUCCCACCAAAGGAGAGGUCCACCAAUAUAGUAAACAAAACUUACCACCUACCAAGGGAGUUAACCCAGUCCUUUUUUUAUUUGCUAUUACUCUAUUUCUUUUUUCGUAGUCCCGUUGCGUAUAGGUGACCUAUUUAUUUCUCUGUAACGUUGUUUUAUUAUGAGUCUGUUUUUUACGACUGGGGGAGAUUCCAGUCAAAUAAAACCCCCUGUGACCUUAUGACCCUGCAUAAUUAGUCUAGUCAUGUUGUGUAAUGAGCAUAUCAUGUCGUCAUGGUGAUGUUGUAUCCAUAUCAUUGAGCCUUCCAGACGGGGACGCAGCAGCAUUCUACUUAUCGAUGACGACCCGCCUUGCCUGUGAUAUGCCCCAGUGAUCAUCACGGUUGGCUGGUUUCUCGGUGUUGUGUUUCAUCCCUUUCAGUCCCACAGUUAACAGCAGGCGUGGUAGGUGCUAUUUAUAAGUAUUCUGAAGUGCCCUCUCUCCUGUUUUUGACAAUCUCCAAUAUAUCUCUGCUGAUCCUUCUCCCCCACAAACUGUGUGCAAUAAUCAGGGCUCCCAAGCACAAUAAUUAUCAAAAGUCACUGAACUGUGGCGAAUUGUUGUAAAUAUGAAGUGCUCAACAUACUCUGUAUACUUAGGAAGAUUUUUAUUGUAAAACUGAUUUUAAAACAUUUUGAAGAGUAAGACCUGAAUUGUAUUCUAUGCAACUCCCACUGGAAGAUAACUGAGCCAAAUGUUUGACCCCUUUUAAUGCAUUGGGGAUGUUUACAGAUAUGCGCAAGUAGGGACCCAUGCAAUAAAAUUCCAUGAUUACUAUUUUAGCAGAACACAUUUAAGCCUUUUAUAUGUAUUAUUUUUUAAUUUUGAAGAAAUUAAUGUUGUCCAAUCUAAUUAGGUAAUAAACCACUUCAGGAAGUACAGUAUGCUAGUAAAUAUUUUAAUUUGUGCAGUAAAUGUACGUUCUGAUGCCAAGAUGUUCUACAUUGUGUGGAGUGGAUCUCAAAAUUUUUAUCACUUAUCAUUGUCCAAUAUCGUGCCAUGCCAGUAACCAUAAUCUGAAAUACCACUAGUUAUUAUAAUAUCCACUGACCCUAACAAUCUCGAGUUUCAGAAGAGGAGGUAAGGUCAAUAGUAUUUUUGUAGAAAAGAGGCAGAGAUUGACUUGUAUUUAUAUGAAUGCUUCACUAGUCCAAGUAAGAUAUAUUUGUUGAGAGAUUACGCUAUUAAUAGUCCGGGGAGAUUUGUCUUUUUUUAACUCGUGAUGUACCAAAGUUGGCAUCGUAUCCUAGUGAUAUUUAUCUGCAGCAUAUUUAUGUAUGACCUCUUAUUGCCCUCAUUAAUCAUGGUUGUUGAAGAGAGAGGACGAAAGCACAUUUAUUUAUUUUUGUUUCUGCAAUAACCUUAAACAGAGGAAAUUCAGGUCUGUCCUCUCUCGCUUUAUAAGGAAUGUAGUGGUGAGCAUGCUCAGAUCUCGUGUGUGUGUGUGUACACCGUUACCUUGAUAUAUGGAGCACUGGGCAGCCAGUGCCACCUUGACAUAACCUUGGUGUGCAGUUGACCAAUCAAAAUCGAGAGUGGCUCACUACAACAGGGAUAGAGUUGGUGAAUAUAUUUAUAAUUCUAUGUUUUGUGUGCAGCACUGCCCACAGAUCAUGUUUUCAUUGUUCAUUAUAUGUACAGAUCCACAUGUUAAUUUUUGUGUUGUUUUGAUAGUUAUUAACUUGCAUCAAAUUAGUUGUGUUUGAUCUUAUUGUGCUCCAAUAUGUACUAAGCAACCCCCCCCCCCCCCCCCAGCUUUAUUUAGCUCAGUGAAAGUACAUCACUGUGUAAGAAUGUGAUAGUUUUUGAAUAAGUCCUUAACUCCCCAGAUUGUGUUGACACUGGUCCAUUGACUAGAGCUGAAAUGACAGCAUUUAAUUAUUCAACCAGCUUGGAUAUAGACAUGUAAGAGAUAUAAGAUCAUGUAAGGGCACACAACUGUUGAUUCUCUUUUAUCUUUUUUUUUUUUCAGAAAUGUAUUUUAUAAUGUCCUUCUGGUCUAAAUUUUGUUAUUAUGCAAUCAUCGAGGGCUGUGGUUAUAUUAUAUAUAUUAUAUAUUGUGAAUGUUUUUGAUUUUAUUAUGAUGCCCCAUGGUGCUAGGAGAAAAGGUCAUAUAAAGUUGUGCUUUAAUCAUCGAUUUAACACAUCUAUCCUGAACAAAACUCUCUGGUCUCUCGUGGUCAGAAAUCACAAACUAAUGAACUACAAGAUUGUACCCUGUGUCACAAAUCGAACUUUAAUUCUGUUCUUUUUUUCUGAUGUUGUAAUUUAUCUUGUAUAUCAGAGUUAUUGUAAAAAUGUUUAAAACCAGAUAAGAAGACAUUUUUGGGGUAAAAGGUGAGGUAUCUGCAAUCUUAAGGUCUGAUAAAAACAAUAUAUCAUAUAUGCAUUGCCUUUUGCCAUGCACAUUUUUUUUAUUAUUAUAUAAUUAUUAUUUUUGGUCAUUUAUUUAUUGAUUUUGUAAAGUGUUGGUUAUUCUCCAGUUAUUUCUGUAUUCCAAAGAAGUAGGUCAGUUUUCUUCUGGGAUGGACUUCUAAUUGAAUUAAAAAAGAGAAAACUUUAUAUCAAACAGAAAAUACAAUGUAAUGUCAAUUCUUUUAGAUCUUUAGGAAGCCCAGAUCUGCCGAAAUAUGAAAUAAUUUUUUUUAACUAUCAAGUAAAGAAAUCUCUGACAGUUGUAUUUAAGUCUUCUACCAAAAGCCAAACCAAAAGUGAAUUGCCUCUCCUAUGCAAGAUCUCGGUACAAACAGUAUUGUAACAGUCCCUGAUAUCUUACCAGACAGACGGGCAUUUAGUGUAUGAACUUAGCAAUAUCAGUGGAUCUGGGAAGAAUUAAUAAUCCAUGUUUAUGUUUCAAUGUGUUAACAGUUGUGAUGGUCAAACGGUCAUGUGAUCUGAGUUUUUUGAGCAGGGUGAUAAAUUUAUAUACACUAUAAAAAAAUCUUUUUGUCAAAAUGGGUAAUUUGAUCUUUUGAGAACAAAGCACACCAUUCCUGUUCUUUUAAAGGGCUUCUAUCAUUUUCUUAUCUUAAAUUUCCAUUUUUAAGAAUAUGACAAUGUAGAGUUUAACAGGGUAUAUUUUACUGAUCAAAGAUUGAAUUGGGAAUUAAAAGUCCAAAGGUUCCUUUUUUAAUUUCAUUUUUUUCUAUUUUUAAGUUUAUAUACAAACCCACAAUUUAACAACGAACCUUUGAUUAAAGAUGAAAACGGGGAGAAUUGAACAGAGUGGUAGAAGUCCAUCGGUUACAAAGAAUUUGAUCAAAAUAAAGUAGUGAUUAAGAACAAAAGGUUCACAAUGACUUUUAACCAGUGUUUUAUGUGUUAUGUGCUAUGGAUGAAUUAAGUUAGCAAUAUUUCAGAUGAGCAAUAGGCACAGUGCAGAUUAUGGUAGAAAUCUAUACUUGAUUAACUUUGCCACUGAUGUUUGCUUUUAAAAUUCUAUAGUAUUUUAAAAAUGAAUAAAUCAUUGUAUAUCUUGAUUUUA